AUGGCUUCUUACAUUGUGAUCACCAUGGUUGUAUUGUUUUCCACAGCAUCUUAUGCUUCUGAUCAUUCUAUCGCUCAGGAUCAACUUCCUCCAUGGAUUGAGUCGAAUGACUUUCAUGUUGCUGAUGUUGUAGUUGCUGCAGAUGGAACCGGAAAUUUCACUAAACUGACUGAUGCGCUAUUGUCAGCACCUUCUCGCAGCUCGAGACGUUACGUCAUACACGUGAAAAAGGGGGUUUAUAAUGAACACGUUAUUGUUGAUGAGGAUAAAUGGAACAUUGUUAUGAUUGGAGAUGGCAUGGAUGCCACAAUCAUCACUGGUAGUUUGAGUCAGGGUCAUGACCAUGUGAGCACCACCGAUACAGCUACCUUUAACUGUAUUAGUUUAUCUGAUACUUUUCAUUGUUUUGUGAAGGUGUCUUAG